GCUAAUGUAAACUCGGAGCACACAAUAUUCAAACCCGACGAACGCGCUGCGAAGUGUCGUACCGCUCUCGGUUUUUCUUCUUUCAUAAUUUACCAUUUUAUUUAUUCGUUAUUUUUCUCUUUCUCUCCCUUUCCACCCCGUGAGUCGUCGGCAUCUGUUCGCUCCUCCGUUUUUGAUUAAGGUUAAUAAGUAGGUUUCAAAUGGCCUCCAGAAACAGACUCAAUAGAAACGAUAAUUUUAUGGCGGAGAGGCGGUUAAGACCGAUAUACGAGUGGAUAGACAAUGGUAAUUAUAAAAAAGCCUUGCACGAGUUGGACAAAUUGAUAAAAAAGUUACCCAGUCAAAAUUGUUCCAAAGCGUUAAAGAGCUUGACUUUAGUGCGACUUGGCAAAAACCAAGAGGCAGAAACUCUGUUAAAUGAAGUUAGAGAUUGCAAGCCAUCUGACGAAUCUACACUGCUUGCGUUGACCGCUUGUUAUAGAGAGUUAAAAAAACCUCAUAUGGUAUGUGAAGUUUAUGAAGAUGCUCUGCUCCAAGAUGCAACCAACGAAGAAUUAUUAUCUAAUCUUUUCAUGUCUUAUGUUCGAGUUUGUGAUUAUAAAAAACAACAACAGACUGCAUUGGCUCUCCACAAAGUUAAACCAAAUAACCCAUAUUAUUUCUGGGCUGUUAUGAGUAUUGUUAUGCAGGCAUAUCAAACUAAUGAUGAAAUAUCAAAAAGAAUUACUUUACCAUUAGCAGAACGUAUGGUACAAAAGUAUAUUAAUGAAGAGAAAAUUGAUGCUGAACAAGAAAUUCAAUUGUAUUUGAUGAUAUUAGAUAUGCAGAAAAAAUAUAAAGAAAGUUUAGAUGUUCUUAAUGGGCCACUAGGUGAUAAAUUGCAUCGAACUGUUGGUCUAACUCAAAAAAAAAUUGAUAUUUACUUUGAAUUAGAAAUGUAUACUGAAGUAAAUGCAUAUAUAAAAAGUUUACUUCUUAAAGACAUAGAUUCAUGGAUUUACUAUACAAAAUACUUUGAUUCAUUAUUUAAAAUAAUUGAAACAAAAGAUAAAUACUUGAGCUACAAUGGUGAUACUGAUACUGCAUUUCACUUUGAUUCAUCUAUUGAAGAAGCGUUGUUGUUCCUUGAUGAACUGCAAAAGUUAAAUUCCGAGUCAAAUUAUCCUCAACGAGGUGUAUACCUUGCUCGUCUAGAAUUAUAUUCUAGAUUAAAAGAAAAUGCUUACAAUUAUAUGGGUGAUCCUAUCAGUCUUUUUAUUGAAUAUUUUAAUAUAUUUGGACAAAAGCCAUGUUGUUUUUUUGAUUUAAGACCAUAUAUGUCACUUUUAAAAGAGGAAUCACUUCAAAAAUUCUUAAAAAAGUUAGAUGAAAUAGUAGAUUUGAAAGAAGGAGAAUUUCCUAAAACAAAACCUCAAAUGGAACGUUACCUAUCAUUACUUCAAAUUGCUCGGUACGUUGGAAAUCACGAUCUCAUGAAUGUUGAACAAAAGUUAAAACUGGCUGAUCGUUUACUCAAAUGCUAUCACAGAUGUGAAUUAUUUAAUAAUAACAAAAGAUCUUCUGAAAUAAUGGCAAAUGAUACUUUUGUUAUAAUGAUGGCUCAUUUAAUGUAUGAUAUUUGGGUUGAAAACAAUAGGCUUACAUAUAUUAGAGAAGCAAUUGUUGUACUUGAGUAUGCAUACUCUCUCAGUCCUUCAAAUUUUCAUAUUAAGUUGUUGUUGUUGAAGUUCUACCAUAUGUUAGGAGCCUCUGAUGCUUCAAAUUCAGCUUACAUAAAUUUAGAGAUAAAGAAUACACAGUUGGAUUCCUUAGGGUAUUUACAUACUUUCCUAAUGUUUAAUGAAGGUCGGUUCCAAAAUGCAUCUAAACUACACUCUACUACUGUUAGAUUCUUCUCACACAAUUAUCGAGAGGUUGCUGACCAUUUAACUAUAUCAUAUAAAUUUGGAUCCUUUAUCAAAAUUAUUGAAUUUGUAGAAUUUCGUGAAAAACUCAAAUAUUCUAUUAAUCAUUCUUUGUGUGUUGUUGAAAAUCAUUUCAUUUCAUUACUAGAUGUUGAUAGUUUGGAAGAAUAUUUAGAGGUUGUAUUAAAAAUGAACGAUGUACCUGAAAUUGCAUCUAAGUGUCAUCUUGGAAAAAUGAUCAACAAUCGAGACUAUUCAGUUCUAAUCAACUACAAUCCUCCUUCACGUUGCUUGACUUUAGAACAUUCAAAUCAAACAUUUUUGCAUGACUUGCGCUUGUUAGAAAUCCGAGCUGUUUUACUUAGCUGUAUUUAUUAUAGUGCACAAAUGGUAAAACAAAUGGGUACACAAAAUAUUAAAUCUAUAUCUUCGGAAGUAAAUGGAUUCAGUCAUGACGAAGAAUCACUUAAAUUAGAGUACUUAGAUUUAUUAAAUUUAAAUUUAGGAAAUCUGAAAUACUUAUAUACACAAUUAGAAAACGAUCCUCCUACUUCAGUUCCUAUAAGUGUAUUUGGCAGUUUUUUUGGAUCUAAAUUGUUUGGUUUAGAAAAAUCUAAAAUUAUGUUGACCAUCAUCAUCAAUUUUAUUGAACUUAUAAAAACAAUGGGUUCAAAUGUAAAAAAUUCUGUUUGUAUGGAUGAGUGGACUAAUAAAAUGAAAGUUAAUGCAUCUGAUCUUAAAAAUGGAUUUGAAAAGGCAAUUGAUUUUUGCCAAUGUAUUAUUUCAAAAACAAUUAAUGUAAACGAUUCUAGUCUGAAAUUAGAAGGAAGAAAAGAAGUAUUAGAAAUACUUACAAAUAUGAUAGAAACCAUAAAUACUUCUUGUGUAUUACUUUCCUUGGCAAUAUAUUUCAUAAAAAGUUUACAAAACAGUAUAGUUUCAGAUUCAAAAAAAAUAAAAGCAAAACGAAAAAAUCAAUCAAUACUCCAUAAUUUUGAG